UUGCCUAUGGCAUAGAGAGGAUGAACAGGGAAGUGUCUGAUUGGAUGAGAGGCCUCAGUGAGAUUGAUAGUUGUCCACAAAUCCCAUUCAUUGCCACCAGGGGCUACGACAGUGUCGUCUGGAACCGUUUGUACUCUAAAGAUAUUUCAAAUCUGGAAGACUAUCAGAUUGAUCAGAUCCAAGCAAUUCUUGAAGAGACACUGGGAGCAGUAGGAGCUAAGGCAAUGGUUGUGGGACAUACUCCUCAAACUACAGGAGUAAAUUGUAAGUACAGUUGUAGCAUAUGGCGCAUUGACGUGGGGAUGUCUAGUGGAGUUCUGGAUUCAAGACCUGAGGUGCUAGAAAUAAGAGACAAUAAAGCAAGGGUCAUAAGGAGCAAAAGGGACACAUUCAGUGAACUUCAGGAGAUAUCCUGUAGAAUUGUUCAAGUCAAAUUUGAUAGCAGUCAAGAUUAA